CCGGCGCAUAAUAAAAGGAGACGUUGGAGGCUUUCCCCUUGCCCCAUCCCGAAUUAAACCCCUUCCUCCUCCCAAUUCGCGUCUUCACGGAAUCCAAACCCCAAACACCAUCCAUGGCGAUGGCGUCCUUCCGCCUCCUUCCUCUCGCGCUCCUGCUCUCCGUGGCGCACGCGCGGACCCCACGGCUUGAGCCCACCAUCCGGCUGCCGUCGCAGCGCGCCGCCGGGCAGGAGGACGAUGACUCCGUCGGGACCAGGUGGGCCGUCCUCAUCGCCGGCUCCAACGGCUACUACAACUACCGCCACCAGGCCGAUAUCUGCCACGCCUACCAGAUCAUGAAGAAGGGUGGUCUCAAGGAUGAAAACAUCAUCGUUUUCAUGUACGACGACAUUGCGCGCAACCCAGAGAACCCAAGGCCGGGCGUCAUCAUCAACCACCCCCAGGGUGGAGAUGUCUAUGCUGGGGUCCCUAAGGACUACACUGGGAAGGAGGUUAAUGUCAAGAACUUCUUUGCUGUCCUGCUCGGUAAUAAAACUGCUGUGAAUGGUGGGAGCGGCAAAGUCGUGGACAGUGGCCCUAAUGAUCACAUUUUUGUGUUUUACAGUGACCAUGGGGGUCCUGGGGUCCUUGGGAUGCCUACCUACCCAUACCUUUAUGGUGACGAUCUUGUAGAUGUCCUGAAGAAAAAGCAUGCUGCUGGAACCUACAAAAGCCUGGUCUUUUACCUUGAAGCCUGUGAAUCUGGGAGCAUCUUUGAGGGGCUUCUGCCGAAUGAUAUCGGUGUCUACGCGACCACCGCAUCAAACGCAGAGGAAAGCAGUUGGGGAACGUAUUGCCCCGGCGAGUACCCGAGCCCUCCGCCGGAAUAUGACACUUGCUUGGGCGACCUGUACAGCAUUUCUUGGAUGGAAGACAGUGAUGUCCACAACCUGAGGACUGAAUCUCUCAAGCAGCAGUAUAACCUGGUCAAGAAGAGAACGGCAGCUCAGGACUCAUACAGCUAUGGUUCCCAUGUGAUGCAAUACGGUUCUUUGGACCUCAAUGCUGAACAUUUGUUCUCGUACAUUGGGUCAAAUCCUGCUAACGAGAACACUACAUUUGUUGAAGAUAAUGCAUUGCCGUCGUUAUCAAGAGCUGUUAAUCAGAGGGAUGCUGAUCUUGUUUAUUUCUGGCAGAAGUACCGGAAAUUGGCUGAGAGCUCCCCUGCGAAAAACAAUGCUCGUAAGCAAUUGCUCGAAAUGAUGGGUCAUAGAUCUCAUAUUGACAGCAGCGUUGAGCUGAUUGGAAACCUUCUGUUUGGUUCUGCGGGUGGUCCAAUGGUUCUAAAGACUGUUCGCCCAGCUGGUGAGCCUCUUGUGGAUGACUGGAGUUGUCUCAAGUCUACGGUGCGUACUUUUGAAUCCCAAUGUGGCUCGUUGGCGCAGUAUGGAAUGAAGCACAUGCGGUCCUUUGCAAACAUGUGUAAUGCCGGCAUUGUUCCUGAAGCGAUGGCAAAGGUUGCUGCUCAGGCGUGCACGAGCUUCCCAACCAACCCGUGGAGUGCCACACACAAGGGUUUUAGUGCUUAAACCAGAGGUGAAGAAGCAACGUAAUCACUAUCUCAGCUAUUGUACCAUAUACCAAAGUCCCUUCCUAUUCACACAGGGUUAGUAGUGCUUGAACGAGCCUUAGGUGAAUAAGAAUUAUGCUAUUAUUUCGGCUAUUCCAUCAUACUCCCUCUGUUCCUAAAUACUUGUUGUUGGGGAGAACUCUCCCCGGCAACAAAUAUUAUGGUACAGAGGGAGUAGUACCAAAUUAUACACUUAUAAUGUACAUAUACCGUGGUAGAAAGGUGGUUUCCUGUGAUUGCUGUACAGACUCAUGAUAGUUUGUGAUGAAAUGUGUAGCUCGCAAUUCCAUAUAUGAAGAAUGAAUGCAUUCGCUGCUAUUUCUA